CCGAGGCUGCGAGCAGGGUGGGCAGAGGCCCGGGUUCCCCGCGGGCUCGGGCUGCGCCCUCCCGCCCCCGCCCGCAGGAGCGCUCGGCUCCGACUCCCGACCUUGAACCCAGCGCGGGCCUGGGCCGCUGCGGCGAGAAAGCGCGGGUCAGCGCGGAAGGCGGAGUCCGCGGAGAAAACGAAACCGAGAGCGGAGGUGCAGGAAGCGCGGGACUGAGCACGCCGAGGCAGAGCGCGGCCCUCCCGCACACGGCCGGACGCGGUCCCCCGAGCUGCCGCCGCGGCCUGGCACGGUUAUCAGGAGAAAUGGCCAGUGCUCUCUCACCAGGUUUCUAUAUUGGAGAACUUAAUAAAUACCAGCAGAAGUACAGAGUAAAAGUUUCCUAUCAGCAACUGUCUGUGACAGGACCGCCACACAACUCAUUGUUUACAAUUCAAGUUAUUAUAGAUGGAAGAACAUUUCCAGAAGGGGAAGGGAGAACAAAGCAGGAAGCAAAAAAUGCCGCUGCCAAAAUAGCUUUUGAUACACUUAACCAAGAAAAAAAGGCAACUAAUUCAUCUGUGAUGACAAAUGAUGCUUCAGAAGGAUCGGUCCUUGGGAAUUACAUAGGCAUCCUCAAUAGCUUUGCGCAGAGGGAGAGAAUAGCUGUAAAUUAUGAACAGUGGGAACAGAGGGAACCAGGAGCUCAAAGAUUUUACUGUAAAUGCAAAAUUGAUCAGAAGAUAUAUGGUUGUGGAACAGCUUCUACAAAACAGGAGGCGAAACAGCUGGCUUCCAAACAUGCAUAUGCUCGGAUUUCAGAAGAAGGCUUGGUGAAAACUCCCCAGGCAUCUACUGAGUCCUGUGACUCUGGAAACAGCUCUUCCAAAUCAUUAGCUUCCGAAUCGCCAUCUGAAAGUGACGACUGGACAAAUUCGUGUAAAAGCAAUCAGAUCUCUGGCAGUGAAGGUGUAAUGAACAAGCAACAGAAAGUGAAAGUAACCUUGGCACCUAAAUUUAACCAUUCUGAUGUGGAAAACAGCAAGUAUACUGUGAACGACUGGUUUACCAGGAUUUAUGAAAACAUAGAACUAAUUGGCAAAGGUGGCUAUGGCGAAGUUUUCAAAGCAAUACACAAAUUGGAUAAAACAAUUAAUGCUAUUAAACGCACUAAAUACAACGGAGAGAAGGAAUUGCGUGAAGUACAAGCGCUGGCAGCCUUUACACACCCCAAUAUUGUUCAAUACCGUGUUUGUUGGUACGGAGAGGAUUAUGAUCCUGAGUGCAGCAGAAAUAUUAAUUCACGACUCAGGUGCACAUGCCUUUUCAUCUCCAUGGAAUUUUGUGAUAAAGGGACGUUGGAGCAGUGGAUUGAACAAAGAAGAGGAGAAAACUUGGACAAAGCUUUGGCUUUGGAAUUUUUUGAGCAAAUAACAAGAGGAGUAGAUUAUAUACACUCAAAAGACAUCAUUCAUAGAGACCUUAAGCCAGCUAACAUAUUUUUAGUAGAUGAAAAACAUAUUAAGAUUGGUGACUUUGGACUUGCAACAUCCCUGAAAAGUGACGAAAAGCGAACAAGAGAGAGGGGAACGGAGAGAUACAUGAGCCCAGAACAGAUAGAUUCAGAAAAUUAUGGAAAAGAAGUGGACAUUUAUGCUCUGGGACUAAUUUUUGGUGAACUUAUUUACAUAUGUAAGACUUGCCAAGAAACAGCACAGUUUUUCAGAGAUCUAAGGAAAGGCAUCUUCUAUGAUGUGUUUAAUAGUAAAGAAGUAAAAAAGCCUUCUACGGAAAUUACUAUCAAAGGAACCUGAAGGUCGACCUGACACCUGUGAAAUAUUGAGGAUCUUGACUGAGUGGAAGAAUGUUGCAGAGAAAAAGCAAAGGAAUACCUAUUAGGGCCCUUCUAAAAAGUAUCCUACUUCUGAUUUGCACUUUCCUUUCAUCUGAGCUCUGCUAAGGGCUAUGGAUAACUAUUUCCUUUUAUUUUCAUUUUCUUCUUUUAUUGCCUUUCAGAUAGGUUUUCAUUUUUUUAAUUUUCAACCAUUCUUACACUUGCAGACAUGCAGAAUUUAAUUAAAAUUCAAGUUACAGAUGUAUAGACCAAGGCAGUUUUAAAGAAGCAGAAGAAGUCUUUGAAAGAAUAUUUGCUAACCCAUAUUCUCAUACAGAGUUUGAAAGGAAAUUCUUAAGAUAAUCUUUCAGAAAGGUCCAUAUUGCUUUCUUCAGCACUUCAGCUACAACCACAUGAUGGAGAAAGUUAAAAGCUAUGGGAACUGUGUGUUAAGUGAAAGCUCAUCAACUUCUCUAAUGAAGCAGCAAAAGUAGUAAAACAUGAGAAAACAGGAAUAACAAUUUCUCAAGAUAAACCUAAUGGUAAUGAUAAUGAAACAGUAACUGAAGUUAAUUUGGAUAAAGGAAAAAGGUCUCAUGGAUUUAUCAUCUCAAUUGAAACAAGGAAGCUGUUAGCAAGACCUUUGUAAGAAAGAGAGUGCAGAUUCUUCAGAGAGGAAGAAAAAAAAACCAGAAGAGAUACUAAAAGAUCUGUUUCAAAGAAUCAGCCAAAAAAACAGAGGCUUGGGAAAAAACAGCCAUCAUAACUUUGAGGGAAGACAAGAAUCU